AUGGCUGUCGAGAAGGGCCCCGUAUCGCCCGUCCCUAUCCCCGAGCUCACCAAGAUCGCCACCGAGGCUUGCGAUUCUGCCCUGACCAGCGCCGAGGGAUACGACCACGCCAAGGUCGGAGAAUGGAACUCACAGAUCAUUAACACCAUCCUCAAAGCUCUCAUUGCCGCCACCACUUCCGAAACCCCAUCGACACCGCCCCCCUACCGCUUCACCGUCAACAGCACCAUCGUCCAACAAGGCCUCAUCGACAAGUCCUCCGCCGCGGAUGGCGCGGCCGGCAACGCCGGCAAGCGCGGUAUGCACUCCGCCUCCGGUGCCUUCUGGGAUGUCAACCGCGAUGGAAUGUGGACCUUCAAAUACCUCGGCGCUGAGGAGCGGGGGCUUGAUGUUGUGGUUAGCGUGACAUGGUUUGCUCUGGGCUAG